AUGCUCCUCCUCCCUCCUCUGAUACCCAUUCUCCUCUUCGUCAUCCCUAUAUCCAGUACGAGAACCCCUCCCAGAUACACAAUCGACUUGGAUGAGCACCCAUCUCAACGAUGGAAUCAAGUUAUCAAGGAUCAUUUGGACUAUUUGCCCGGAGUUGUCGAAGAGAGCAAAAAAUACAUUCCUAAACCUCUUCAACCUUUCGUUUGGUGGGUGGCAUCAAAAGUUGAACGAUUCUUCCCUCCGGAUACUCGAUUGGAACUUGAAGGUAUCGCCACACAAUCUGGUCUACCACUCGGUGAAAUAGUUGGUCUCAAUAUUUUAUACGACAUUGCUGCGUUCGAUAGAAGACACAUCUUCGGUCUCGGAUGCACUUCGAUCGUUGCCCAAAACUCUGCUGGUCGAAUUUUCCAUGGAAGAAAUUUGGAUUAUGACAUGACUGGUCUCCUGAAGAAUAUCACAGUUUAUGUGGAUUUCACGAGAAAUGGAACAGUGAUCUAUUCGGGAAUCACGUUUGCAUUAUAUAAUGGAGUACUGACUGGACAGAGACCCGGGGCUUACAGUGUUAGCUUGAAUGCGAGAUACUCCGGAGCCUACAUUGACAAUAUCCUCAUGGAACUCUACACAAAAUUCAAGCGACCAGUCAGUUUCUUUAUCCGUGACGUCUUGGAAAGUCAGGAGACGUAUACCGAUGCAGUGGCUACUCUUUCGAAUACUCACUUGUUCUCACCUUCUUAUAUUAUUGUGGCGGGAACCAAAAAGAACGAGGGAGUUGUUAUUUCGAGAAACCGAUGGGCAGCUGCCAAUGUCUACCCUCUCGACAUGGAUUCCAAUCAAUGGUUUCUCGUGGAGACUAACUAUGACAAUUGGCAGAAACAAGGAGAUAAUCGGAGAAUCACUGCAAUUCAAAAACUCAAAGAACUCGGGAAGGAAAACUUCAACGAGAAGUCAAUGGUGGAAGUGGUGUCUACUAUCCCUGUCAGAAAUAAUUUGACUGUUUUUAGUAGUGUUAUUGAGCCGAAGAUUCCAAAAGUUUUCGAGGAUUUCACAUGGGUUUGGGAUUGA